AUGUGUGGUAUUUUCGCUGUUUGUCAUCAUGGAUGUUCUGAACGAUUUGAUGUGCAGAAGGCAAGAGAGUUGUCCAAACGACAAACUCAUCGAGGACCAGAUUUUAGCGGUUACUACUGCGAACAAUCCACUGGUAACAUACUUUGUCAUGAACGAUUAGCUAUUAUGGAUCUCGGCGUUGUUCAACCUCUACAGGGUACGCUGCCCACUCAUCAGACGAUAUUCCCUAAUAAGAUGUGUGGUAUUUUCGCUGUUUGUCAUCAUGGAUGUUCUGAACGAUUUGAUGUGCAGAAGGCAAGAGAGUUGUCCAAACGACAAACUCAUCGAGGACCAGAUUUUAGCGGUUACUACUGCGAAAAAUCCACUGGUAACAUACUUUGUCAUGAACGAUUAGCUAUUAUGGAUCUCGGCGUUGUUCAACCUCUACAGGGUACGCUGCCCACUCAUCAGGUAAUUCAUAAUGGAGAGAUCUACAACCAUGUCAAACUAAGAGAGAAUGAAUUGAAAGGAAUGACAUUGCGUACACAUUGCGACUCUGAGGUGAUCAUCUUCUUGUACGAGAAGGUUCGUGAUGGUUCCAUGUGUAACAUGCUCGAUGGAGUUUUCGCCUUCGCACUUUGUUAUGAUGGCGAUUUCAUGGCUGCCAGAGAUCCAAUUGGAGUGAAACAGAUGUACUACGGUAUCGACAAACUUGGACGUUACUUCUUCAGGUUAGUAACAGAUUUGAGUUAUAACGCGAUAGGUCAGGCCAAGAACAAUAAGAAUUCAUGCGGUAACUUGUGGAAACCCUACAAAUACUUGUAG